UCGAGAUUCAGCACCGGCACCGUGAUUGAGGUCUCAAAGUUGGAAACUGCGAAAAGUGCGAAAGGUUGAACACGCGGUCAUAUCGAGGCAUAGGAGUACCCAUCAUGUUGAGCAAACGAAGAAAGAUCUCCCACGGAUCUGGGACAGCAAAAGGGUCUUCAGUAGAGAUCCCCAAGGCCAAAACCAAAAGCCACUCCACAUCAAAACCAAGCGAACCGUCAACAGCCACUACCUCCGAGGACGAGUCUGUCACUAUCGACAAUGGCCCGGCCCAAGGAAACGGAGAUUCGGCCCCAAAGUCAUUCAGAGACUUGGGAAUCGUCGACCCCCUUUGCGACGCCUGUGACCGGCUAGGAUACAAGAGGCCAACUCCUAUUCAAGAGCAAGCAAUUCCCCUUGCCUUGCAGGACCGCGAUAUUAUCGGUAUCGCGGAGACGGGUAGCGGUAAAACUGCCUCCUUUGCCCUACCAAUCCUUCAGGCCCUUCUCGACAAGCCCCAGCCACUGUUCGCCCUGGUGCUGGCGCCGACCAGAGAACUUGCAGCGCAGAUCGCGCAGGCCUUUGAGGCGCUCGGCUCCCUAAUUUCUCUCAGGUGUGCUCUGAUUCUUGGCGGCUUGGAUAUGGUACAGCAGGCUAUUGCCCUCGGCAAGAAACCUCACGUGGUGGUUGCGACGCCAGGUCGUCUGUUGGACCACUUGGAAAAGACCAAAGGUUUUAGCUUGCGCAAUCUACGGUAUCUUGUCAUGGACGAGGCGGAUCGCCUCCUUGACAUGGAUUUUGGCCCCAUCCUCGAGAAAAUCCUCAAGUUCCUUCCCAGAGAACGGCGAACCUUCCUCUUCUCAGCCACCAUGUCCAACAAAGUCGAGAGCUUGCAGCGCGCCAGUCUGCGCGACCCGCUGAAGGUCAGCAUCUCGUCAAGCAAGUAUCAGACCGUCUCGACACUGGUUCAGAAUUACAUCUUCAUUCCGCACAUGCACAAGGACACCUACCUGAUCUACCUAUGCAACGAAUUCGCGGGCCAGACAAUCAUCAUUUUCACGCGUACGGUCCUCGAGACCCAGCGGAUCGCCAUCCUACUCCGCACCCUCGGCAUGGGCGCCAUCCCGCUGCACGGCGGUCUGUCCCAGUCUGCCCGUCUAGGCGCACUGAACAAGUUCCGCGCCGGUUCCCGUAACAUCCUGGUGGCUACCGACGUCGCCGCCCGUGGUCUCGAUAUCCCCAACGUCGACUGCGUCCUCAACUUCGACCUGCCCCAGGACUCCAAGACGUACGUGCACCGUGUCGGCCGCACCGCCCGUGCCGGCAAGUCGGGUCAUGCGAUCAGUAUCGUGACGCAGUACGAUCUUGAGAUUUGGUUGCGUAUCGAAGCAGCGCUGGGCACGAAGCUUAAGGAAUAUGCGCUGGAGAAGGACGAGGUCAUGGUGUUCAAGCCACGCGUUGAGGAGGCGCAACGGCACGCCAAGAACGAGAUGAAGCAGCUACUGGACGACCGCGGCAAGAAGGGGUCGGUGCUGAAAGGCGGCAAGGGGCGGAAGAGGGGGAUGCCUGGGUCGACCCGGGAUAACAUGGACGCUGAGGAGGGCUAAACAACAAAUGGCUUGCGGCAACUGAGAAGAUGACUUGAAAAGUGCAUAUUGGAGUAUGGCUCAAGGAGUUAGGAUGUGUGGGGGCGUCUCUAGGCUUCUUGUCACGUUUGAUGGACGUUCCGAAGUGUAUGGGUGCAUUUAUGCCAAAAUUAUACAUGUUGAUGUGCAUU